CGUUCCUAAUUCCUUUUGAAUGAUUUGUUUGCAUAAGGCCUCAAGGAAAUCUGUCAACCUAAUAAAUUCACAAAAAAGAAGGCAAGUUAUGUUUACGUUUAGAAAAAAAAUUGCCUGGGAUGCCGCCAGUGCUAUUAAUCAUAUAAAUAUGAUUCAGCGCCAUGCCUUUGACACGCACAGUGCCAUGAAGCAAAGGAAAUGUGAGUCAAGAGAUCCGUCGGAUAUUAACCGAAAUAAGUCUAGGCUUCUGUGUCACAAUAGGAAAGUUUUGCUGAAUGUAAAUCCGUAUAGUGAACCGUGUUCGUGGAUACACUUAACAGAAAAAUACCAAAGAAAAUUGUUUGGACGUUAUGGCUUAGUAUCUGCCAGUGGUCCAUAUAUAUGCUUCAACAUCCGAGGAAAAUUGAACUUUAUCGACGACUUUAUAGAGGAGGAAAAAUAUUCGCUGCAACAAUUAUUAAGAUCUAGUCAAUCAAACCUGGGAUCAAUCGAAACAACUAAUAAUCGUGAGCAACAGAUUGCAAACAAACUGUUAAAACUGGAGCAGUGGAAGGUAGAAAUGCACAAUAAGAUAGCGAAAAAAGAAGCGGAUGCUUUAGCUGCGAAAGAGCACAAAAAAAGGUUGAUUGAAGAAGUGCGCAGACAUUUUGGCUUUAAAGUGGACCCUCGUGAGGAGCGAUUUAAAGAAAUGCUGGAACAAAGAGAGCGGGAAGAAAGAAAGAAACAAAAGGAAGCUAAACGCAAAUCCAAAGAGGAAAAAAUUGUAGAAAAAUUGUCUUUGAAUUCUCAUAGGUGAAAACAUGUUAAAAUCAUGAUUUAAUACAAGGCGUAUCAAAGAGGUAGUAGCUUGAUAACAUUUAAAGGUAAAACCGCUCACUCAAUUCGUCCGCCAUUGGGUUUUUCUGACAUUUGCUAGCAUUUUUGACAGCCUCUAGAAAUGAUUUAAAUGCCAUAUAAAUUCAAAUAAACAAACUAAAAUUUAUGA